AUGGGAGAGUUGGAUACAUCUGGGAAGCACUCACUAGGUGUCUACAGUGGCAAGCAAGAGGAGGCUGUGGAGAUGAAGGUAGGAAAAGCGGCCUAUAAGAUCCUGAUGGGGCAGGAUAGGGACCCGGAAUGGAUAGUGGCAGGGGGAGCCCUGACCCCCAAUACCUCCUCACCAUUCCCCCCUGAGCCUCCAGGGGCAUCAGGCAGCAUCAUCCCAGUCUACUGUGCCCUCCUGGCUGCUGUGGUCCUGGGCCUGCUGGCUUACGUGGUCUUCAAGUGCUGGCGUUCCCAUAAGCAAAGACAGCAGCUGGCCAAGGCUCGGACUGCAGAGCUGGGGAGCCUCGACAGGGACCAGGUGCAUGGCAAUAGCAGUAUCUUCCUGGACUCUCCCAACCACCAGGAACUCGGUGCCACUGGCCAGGGGCCGAAUCCUGAGGUUGGUGGCAGACUUUAUCUUCACCUCCCGCGGCAGCAGCAGGAGGAAGUGGAGCGGCUCUUGGAGGUGCAGGGUGAACCUGAUAAGGGCUGGCAGGGCCUGGCAGGCUGCCUGGGCUACCGGGCUGAGGCUGUGGAGACCCUGGCCCAGGGCCAGGCUCCAGCCUACAAUCUACUGAGGGACUGGGCCAUCCGGGAAGGCACCGGAGCUACCCUCCGAGUUCUGGAGGAUGCACUGGUUGCCAUGGACCGUGAAGAUGUGGCCCAGGUCCUGAGCCCCUUGGCUGAGGGCUGCUCUGUGGUGUGA